GACGCUAGCGUGGAGCCCCGCCCCUCUCACACAUGGGGCGGAGCCUCGUUUUAGGGCGGGGCAUCGCACCUGUCUGAGCCCAGUGCGCGCCGAGGGCCAGAAACUGCCUAGCGCUCGACGCUUGCGCUUGCACGAUGGCAAUGCUGCCGCCACUGCCGGGACGCCCGUCGGGGCUUUGCUUAUUCCUGCUGCUCUUACAGGCUGGAAGGUGGCUUUGUGAGGAGACGGCAGCCCCGUGUCAACCAGGCUUCAGUCAACAGACUUACACUUUCAAUGUGCCCAGGUCUAACUUGGAAAGAUAUCGUGUGUUGGGCAAGGUAAACUUUGAGGGAUGCUCAGAAAGGACACACCGACCCUUCGCUUCGGACGACACUCGCUUCAGGGUGCGCUCGGAUGGCGUGGUGGUGGUGAAAAGGCCUGUGCAACUCCACGUUCACGAGUGGCACUUCUUCAUCCAUGCCUGGGACGGGGCUGGCAAAAAACACUCUGCUAAGGUGACGCUGCGAAGUCAUGGCCAUGGAUCCCACAAGCAGCAUCCUCACGCGGAGCCCUAUUCCCUUGGUCAUGGAGAGGUGCUGACCUUCCCAGUAUCCGGCCCAGGCCUGAGGAGGCAGAAGAGAGACUGGGUCAUCCCACCCAUUGUUUGCUCUGAGAACGAGAGAGGUCCUUUCCCCAAGCAACUGGUGCAGAUCCAAUCUAAUAAGAAUAAAGAGACGACAGUCUUCUACAGCAUCACUGGGCAGGGGGCUGACACUCCUCCUGUUGGAGUCUUCACCAUUGAGAGGGAAUCUGGCUGGCUGAAGGUGACCCGCCCACUGGACAGAGAAGAUAUGGACAGAUACGUUCUUUUCUCUCAUGCUGUGUCUGUGAAUGGGCAGCCUGUGGAGGACCCCAUGGAGAUCAUCAUCAAGGUCAGUGACCAGAAUGACAACAAGCCCAUUUUCACCCAGAGCGUCUUUGAAGGAUCUGUAGUGGAAGGAGCCAAGCCAGGUACCCCAGUGAUGCAAGUGUCUGCCACGGACAAAGAUGAUGCCGUGAAUACCUACAACGGGGUCAUCACCUAUUUCAUAAUCAGCCAGGAGCCCAAGCAGCCCUACAGUCAGAUGUUCACCAUCAACAAUGAAACAGGGUGGAUCAGUGUGAUCACAACAGGCCUUGACCGAGAGGAAUUCCCCCAGUACACGCUGGUCAUCGAAGCUAGAGACAUGUUAGGAGAAGGCUUAAGUACUACAGGGAAAGCAGUGAUUACUGUCACGGACACGAACGACAACCAGCCAAUAUUUGACCCACUCACGUACGUUUCAACUGUGCCAGAGAACAAGGUGGGAUUCCAAGUUGCCAGGCUUUUGGUGAAAGACGCAGAUCAGCCGGGGACCUCAGCAUGGAAAGCCAAGUACACCAUUGUGAAAGGGAACGAGGAAGGCAACUUUGAAGUGGCUACCGAUCCGCAAACCAAUGAUGGUCUCCUGACAACCAUUAAGGGUCUGGACUUUGAGGCAAAGGAUCUCUUCACCCUUCUGGUUACUGUGGUGAAUGAAGUUCCCUUCUCAGUGACUCUCCCAACAUCCACGGCCACAAUCACUGUCAACGUAAGGGAUGAGAAUGAAGCCCCCAUCUAACCCCCUGAAAAGUCUGUGACGAAGUCUGAAGACCUCCCUGCUGGGCAGCUGGUGACUACCUACACCGCUCAGGACCCCGACACAAAUCAAAAGCAGACGGUCAGUUAUUCUAUUGGGAGUGACCCAGCAGGGUGGCUGAAGAUUAACCCUGAAAAUGGCAUCAUAGAGACGAAAGCCCCUCUGGACAGGGAGUCUAAAUUUGUGGUAGACAACACCUACACGGCUCUCAUCUUGGCGAGUGACAAUGGGAUGCCUUUGCUCACAGGCACAGGAACUCUUCUCCUGUACCUGGAGGAUGUGAAUGACAAUGGGCCAGUGCCAGACCCACGAUCCUUUGACAUCUGCAACCGGAGCCCUGAACGCAAGGAAUUGAACAUUGUGGACAAGGAUCUUCCUCCAAACACUCAACCCUUCAAAGCAAUGCUGCUCUUGGGCUCAAGCGCCAACUGGACGGUCGAAGUAAAUGGAGAUAAACUGGUCCUCGAAUUGACCAAGCAGCUGGAGCCAGGUGAAUACAACAUUGCCCUUGAGCUACAGGACGCCGGGGAAGUGUCCCAGACAACAACAGUCAAAGCCCAAGUGUGUGACUGUGAGGGGGCAGCCAAGAAUUGCGAGAAGAGGGCAUAUAUCGCAGGCGGGAUGGGGAUUCCAGCCAUUCUGGGCAUCCUUGGUGGCAUCCUUGGCUUCCUGAUCCUCCUGCUCCUGCUGCUGCUGUUUGUGAGGAGGAGGAAGGCAGUGAAGGAGCCUUUGCUUCCACCAGAGGAUGACACACGAGACAACGUCUACUAUUAUGACGAAGAGGGUGGUGGAGAGGAGGAUCAGGACUAUGACAUGAGCCAGCUGCACCGCGGCCUGGAUUCCCGCCCUGAAAUUACCCGCAAUGAUGUUGUUCCGACUCUCAUGCCGGCUCCGCAAUACCGCCCACGGCCUGCCAACCCUGAUGAGAUUGGCAAUUUCAUUGACGAGAACUUGAAGGCAGCAGAUACAGACCCCACGGCACCCCCAUACGACUCUCUGCUUGUGUUUGACUACGAGGGCAGUGGCUCUGAAGCAGCCUCCCUCAGUUCUCUGAAUUCCUCCAAUGGUGACAGAGACCAAGAUUAUGACUAUCUGAAUGACUGGGGCAACCGUUUCAAGAAGCUGGCUGACAUGUAUGGAGGGGGCGAGGAAGAAGACUAGAUGUCACUGGGAUUAAGUAGGGUUUAGCUCUGUGUGGAAAGACAGAAAUGAAAUUGACUUAUCGUCAACUUUUCCCAGCAGCUGACCAUUGGUCCAAUUUGCUGCUCUUUCUUGCAAGUCGCCAAAAUGCUGCAUAAAACUUGCCUUACUCCCAAUAUCAGCCCCUCUUGGGGUGCAUUCAGAUGACCACAUUUUCUUCAUGAUUCCACCCUUGUUCACCAAAGAUUAUGAUUUCCAUAGAGGCAAGAGCAUACAUUAUAUGGAAACUUCAAGGGUGUGUUUUUUUUAUCACUAUCAGAGCCUCUGAGGCAAUUUGCCAAACAUACUUGAUUUAUUAAUACAGUAAGAAUAGAAUACUAUUUGCAAAUGCAUAGGCUAAAGUUUAAGGAAUAUUUUAGGUAGGACUUCAAGCCUAGCAGUUUGGUGAAAUGCAGCUAAAGUUACAUGGUCUGAAAUUGUUAACUCUUUGGGAACCCUUAGUACUAAUGCACUUUAGGUGUUUCUAGCACUGUCAUUCCAAAGCACUAACCAAAGAUUUAUUACCAGGGCUGCUGAGUGUAUCCAGCAGUUCUGUACAAGUGUAACACAAAUGUGAAAUUUGGAACUCGGGGAAGAACCUUCAGCCUCUGGAGAAUCUUGGCUUUUUUUCAGAGGGCAAUUGGCUGCAAAGAUGGAUGGUAUCUGAUUAACAUAGUGGAAGCUGAGGCAGGUUUUCUAGCAUAUGGGGAAUGAAGCAGGCUUUUGGUGCAAAUCUUUUUGCCCUUCCCUAAAAACAGCAGGAACAGAAUAUGCUGUA